AUGGAUCACAGACUUCUCGACUACGAGCAGGAGUUCCUCAACUCCUACGCUCUCCUCAAGUCUGGGUGUACAACGCUUCGAACCGAGGAGAGAACAGGUGCGGAAAGACGCCGGGAAAUCUCUAGAUGUGUCAAAUAUCUCCAGCAAGCAGAAUCCGCACUUCGCCAGUUUGAACUCGAAGUUCGCAUGCCACCGGCGGAUGGGUUUGCUAAUGAGGAGUAUUCGCUCAAAUCGAGAGCAGACAAUUACCGGAAGGAACUUAGAGAGGCGGCACAAGAGUUUCGCGACAUCCGUGUCCAGAUCGAACGGCUAAUGCUGCUGGUCGACGACGGCGUUACCGUAACUGGAGCCUCGUCGCAGCAGCGUAUGCGCUUGCUCACAGCCACAGAGUCUGCGCACAAGGGCGUACAGGUGCUAGACGGCUCGAGAGUGCUGGCGCUUGAGACGGAAGUCCUCGGGGCCAAUAUAAUGACCGAACUUCGCGGGCAAAGAGAGACACUCGAACGCACUAGCGCCAAUGUUAGAGCAGCUCUCCAACGCAAGGUUUUUAUUUACGGUCUGGUUAUCCUUAUGCUACUGACUCUGACCUUCAUUUCUGUCCGGAAAGUCCUCCCUUCUCAAUUUUUCCAUAGCAAGGAUAUCGACAAUUCUGAGCCGUCAAGCUUGCGUGUACAAGGCAAGGGAGCCCCUGAUACGGGUGCUGGCCCUACUUUUACGGCAUCUGCCUCUAGUAUCAGUCCCUUACUGGCAGGCCACCAUGGAAUUGAAAGGGAAGACGACCCGCGUUCCCGAGGUGGCGGCUAA